GGUUGGAUUGAAACCCUAGAAUCUUUCCCAUAAAUUAGGGCAAGGACUGGACUCUAAUCACAUGCUCAAUGUGCCCUCAGUUGCUCUGAUUGAAGAUUCUUAGAGUGGAAUUGAAAAUUUUUCAAGUACAUGAACUGGCUUGGUUUUGUUAUUCAGUAGAUAUUUUCAUCCGUGAUAGUUAAAAAAUGCAAGGUGCUGUGCUGGUUGCAAUUGCUGCCUCAAUCGGCAACUUGCUGCAGGGAUGGGACAAUGCAACUAUUGCAGGAGCUGUGCUUUACAUUAAAAGGGAAUUCCAAUUGGAAAGUCAGCCCACCAUGGAAGGCCUAAUUGUAGCCAUGUCACUCAUCGCGACAAUCAUCACAACCUUCUCAGGAGCAGUGUCAGAUUGGGUCGGGAGGCGUCCCAUGCUAAUCAUCUCUUCAGUGCUCUACUUCAUCAGUGGUCUAAUAAUGCUUUGGGCUCCCAAUGUUUAUGUCCUACUCUUGGCAAGGCUUAUUGAUGGAUUUGGAAUUGGCUUAGCUGUUACCCUUGUUCCUGUAUAUAUAUCGGAGACAGCUCCAUCUGAUAUAAGGGGAUUACUGAAUACUCUACCGCAAUUCAGUGGCUCUGGGGGAAUGUUUUUCUCAUAUUGCAUGGUCUUUAGCAUGUCAUUGAUGGUGAAGCCUGACUGGAGAGUGAUGCUUGGAGUCCUGUCUAUUCCAUCUCUUUUGUAUUUUGCUUUGACAAUAUUUUAUCUGCCUGAGUCACCGAGAUGGCUCGUAAGCAAAGGGCGAAUGGUGGAAGCUAAACGUGUUUUGCAAAGGUUACGUGGAAGAGAAGAUGUCUCAGGGGAAAUGGCUCUCCUUGUUGAAGGUUUGGGAGUGAGCGGUGAAACAUCAAUUGAAGAGUACAUAAUUGGCCCUGCUAAUGAUCUAGCUGAUGAUCAGGAACCAACUGAUGAAAAGGAGAAGAUACUGUUAUAUGGACCCGAAGAAGGUCUCUCCUGGGUUGCAAAGCCCAUAACUGGGCAAAGCAUUCUUGGUAGUGCUCUUGGACUUGCAUCUCAACAUGGAAGCGUGGCAAACCAGAGCACUCUUGUGGAUCCUCUAGUGACUCUGUUUGGAAGUGUCCAUGAGAAACUACCUGAGAUGGGAAGUAUGCGAAGCACAUUGUUUCCAAACUUUGGCAGUAUGUUCAGCAUGGCAGAGCAUCAACCUAAAGCCGAUCAGUGGGAUGAGGAGAGUGGCCAGAGGGAUGGUGAGGAUUAUGCAUCCGAUGGCCCUGGAGGUGAGUCUGAUGACAAUGUGCACACCCCAUUGCUUUCACGCCAAACAACCAGUUUAGAAGGGAAGGACAUGAUGCCAUCUCAUGUUUCACAUGGGAGUACUCUAAGCAUGAGGAGGCAUAGUAGUCUUAUGCGCGGAAAUGGUGGGGAGGCAGUUAGUAGUAUGGGAAUUGGUGGAGGAUGGCAAUUAGCGUGGAAAUGGUCUGAGAGAGAUGGUGCUGAUGGAAAGAAAGAGGGAGGAUUUAAAAGAAUCUAUUUGCACCAGGAGGGUGUCCCUGGGUCACGGAGGGGUUCCUUAGUUUCGCUUCCUGGAGUAGAUAUCCCGGAAGGAGGUGAGUACAUCCAAGCUGCGGCAUUGGUGAGCCAACCUGCACUCUAUACUAAAGAACUCAUGGGACAACACCCUGUUGGGCCGGCUAUGGUGCAUCCAUCAGAAGCAGCUGCUAAAGGACCGAAAUGGGGAGAUCUUUUUGAACCAGGAGUUAAACAUGCUUUACUCGUCGGAGUCGGGAUUCAGAUCCUUCAACAGUUUGCCGGCAUAAACGGGGUUCUUUACUAUACCCCUCAGAUUUUAGAACAAGCAGGUGUCGAAGUUCUCCUUGCAAACCUUGGUAUCAGCUCUGCAUCCGCAUCCAUUCUCAUCAGUGCACUCACUACCUUGUUGAUGCUCCCUUCCAUUGGUGUGGCCAUGAGGCUCAUGGAUGUCUCUGGAAGAAGGAGUCUUCUACUGACCACUAUUCCCAUCCUAAUACUAUCACUCGUCGUUUUGAUCAUCUCCAAUGUAAUUAACAUGGGUACCGUAAUUCAUGCCGUGCUCUCUACCGCCAGUGUCAUCAUCUAUUUCUGCUGCUUUGUCAUGGGGUUCGGUCCAAUCCCCAACAUCCUCUGCGCGGAGAUCUUCCCCACUCGGGUCCGUGGAGUGUGCAUUGCCAUUUGCGCCUUAACCUUCUGGUUCGGGGACAUCAUUGUCACCUACACCCUUCCAGUGAUGCUCACCUCCAUCGGCCUUGCUGGUGUGUUUGCAAUUUAUGCCGCGGUUUGUCUUAUUGCUUUAGCAUUCGUCUACUUGAAGGUACCCGAAACAAAGGGUAUGCCUCUUGAAGUCAUUACCGAAUUCUUCGCGGUCGGUGCGCAACAGAGGCGAGCUUGAAGAAAGGAGUUGUUCGGCAUCUCAAUUCUUUUUUCCUUGUAGUAUAGUUUCUGUGUAGGCUUCCUGGGCCAAGCUUUUUCUCUUCUUUUUUUUUUAGCCUGUUAUUUGCUGUGGAUUUAGGAUGACAGUGAAAUUAAAUACAUUCAGUUUCUGUUUCAUCCCUAUAUAAACUCAAUUGUGUUA